GUAUACAAAAGGGUUAUAACAAAUCGAAAAACAAUGCAAAGUAUUACAAAGGUAGGUAUGACAUUUUACUCUCUACACUUGUGUUCAGUGUGCUAGCGCCUGUGACGUAACACCAACAACGUGGAGGCGGUGUUAAGCAGAUUCAACAUGUCGAAUUGCAAGCCGGUGAACACCGCGAUGAAUGUGAGCGAGAAGUUGACCAACGAGAUGUGUCCAUCGACUGCUGAGGAAGUCGAAACGAUGAAGAACGUACCCUACCGAGAAGCGGUCGGAUGCUUGAUGUACUUGGCCCAAAGUACACGCCCUGACAUCUGUUACGCCGUAAACGUUUUGAGCCGGUUCAAUUCCAACCCCGGCGAGAGACACUGGAACGCGGUGAAACACUUGAUGCGAUAUUUGAGAGGAACAUCGCAGUACCGGUUGGAGUACCAUCGGGACGAGAACUCGGCAAUACAAGGGCAAUACGAUGAUAGGAAGUCGAUCACGGGGUACUUGUUUACUGCCCAAGGAGGAGCUAUUUCGUGGAGUUCCAAACGGCAACAGACCGUUGCCCUUUCAACGUGCGAGUCCGAGUAUAUGGCACUGUCGGCUGCAGUACAGGAGGCGCUCUGGUGGAAGCGGUUGCGAGGAUUGUUUGAAGACGAAGUGAAGCUCGAAAUCCAUUGCGACAACCAAAGUGCCAUAGCUGUAGCCAAGAACGGAGGAUAUCAUCCCAGAACAAAACAUAUUGACAUACGUCACCAUUUUAUCCGCGAUGCUUUGGAGAAAGGUGACAUUGCCGUUUCAUACGUAAGUACGGAUCACCAGACAGCAGAUGGCCUAACAAAACCGCUGCCAGCUGCCAAACUGGUUCCAUGCCGUCAAGCGAUGGGUGUUCAGAAGCCAAUGGUUUGAGGAGGAGUGAUGAAAUAUAUCGUAGCAACCCAUGACUUCUUUGUAGAUUUAAGCAAUUAAUAAAUCUGUCAUUAGUUCUCUAAGCGUUCAAGCAAACACACGCGUUUUAUUCACUCUGCUGCCCAUUAAGAACAAACCUGCCAAUAAUACCCAUUGUCACCCUAUUCGAGUUAUACAACAUGUUAUGGAAUUUGAAAAACUUGCUAAAUUAUUUCUUCAAACUGUAACGUCCAUCAUUCUGGUUUACGAUCAAAUCAAUGUAUUAACUUCAUCCUGAUUUUUGUAGCAUUCAGUUAACGUAAUGCUAUUCUGCAUUUUAACAUGAAGCCUUAUUUCAUAACAAAAUUGCAAGUCCGGUUAAUAAUCUAAAAAUUAAAAGUACAUGACACUAUACUCAAUGUGAUGUUUGGCGAACUUUUGGUCCAUUCUUUGGUGAUAUUGUUUUGAGAUGCCUCACUCCUGCAUCUUGAUGGGUUUCUAAUGAAUUUAUUGGUGGGUAAUGUCUUGCGAUGCCCAGAAGUUUGUUGUUCAGACCACUAGUAAUUUUUAUUAUUUUCUGCAGAUAUCUUAGUUGAAACUUGAGUAAUAAUCCCAGGAAAAUUUUCCCGAGAUGAAUGCGUAGUGCUUCGUCUGGUUCAUUCUAGAUCUAAGCUCCCAGUAGAGCUUGGUCUGCCUCUUCAACUUAGUGUUCUUAGAGCGUUUAUGAUUAACAAAAAUUGUAAUCAUGAUUAAUCAUUGAUGAUUAUUAUUUUUUUUAUUUCGGUGAUUAUUUAUUAUAAAUAAUGAUUAAUUUGAUAUUAAGGAUGAUUAAAGUUUAUGAUUUAUGAUUAAAUUUGGUUUUAUCUGUGAUUAUUGAUUAUAAUUAAUGAUUACAAAUGGCUCAUUGAUUAAAAAUCAUGAUUAUUCAAUCACAAAAAAAUGGAAGUGAUUAAAAUAUAUUUGUUGUUUAAAAUAUUUUUGAAGUUUCAAAAGUAAAAAGUAACUGUCUGGGAGAUUUUUGAAAGAAGAAUCAUAAAUUAUAAUAUUUAGAGCAGCAUUUAAACCAACUUUAAUUGAAUAAUAUAUUUUAUAUGAUAAAUCAUUUUAGGGUAUGAAUCAUUAAUGAUUGAUUAACUUUUUUUUUCUUAUGAUUAUGAUUACUGAUUAAUGAUUAAAUUGCGAAAUCAGUGUGAUUAAGAUUAAUGAUUAAUUAGAGAAAUUUUUGUGAUUAUGAUUAAUGAUUUUUGAUUAAUCUAAAUCAUUAAUCAUGAUUAAAUUUAUGAUUAAUCAUUAACGCUCUGCUUUAAGCACUUCUAAAGGCAAUUAACAUUGUAUGCACUAGAGAACUGGAUUCCCAAGUUACUUCACACCUUUUUAAUACAUUUUUAACUCAUGGUGAUAUCUAAACCCCAAAAAAUCUAAAAUAUUCCCAGAUCCUUGAAGUAGUCUUCUUUUGCAAAACUCAAAUACAAUUUCCAAUGAAUUUUCUAAAAUUAUUUAGCAAACUUUCGUGCGUACCAGAUAGUAUUAUAUUCAGGUUUAAUUCUUUGAUAAAAAUACCUAUGUGGGUUAAAUUCUAAAAAAAAAACUGUCCGGCCAAAGCCUGGGCUUCAUACACAUUUCAAAAAUUUUGUAUGAACAAAAGUCUACGGGGGGAAGGGGGGUUGGGGUUCUGAGAUGGCCGAAAAAAGUCUACGUAGUUUAUGGACAGCUCCUUAUCAAUUUCCUAAAAGUCCUUCAAGUGGAAUUCGUGUUGCAAUUCCUGGUUUUUUAAAUUAUUUUGGAAGAAUAUCGAAACAUCUACUAGACAUCAUGUAAUCUUAUUUAAGGAUUCAACUGAUUUCAAUGAAUGCUUAGUAGGCAAACCCGUACGAAUUUUCGAAAGCGCUUGAUGGAGCUAUUAAAAGUAUUUUGUAACAUAAUUUUUACAACAUAAUUUCUUGCUGAAGGAUUUUUGUAGACGGCUCGAAUGAUUUUGUUUUGAGAUUUCAUUAUGAACAUGUGAAAUUUGUAUGUGUAUGUAUGUAUGCACAAUCCAUCUCCCACUGACCGGCAAUGCUUUUAUAGAAGAAAAAUGUCUGCACCUAUUUUUAACUUUUAUUCAUAGACGCAAACACUUUUAGUUCUGGAGAUGGAAGGUGAUAGCUCUACUGCACGUCCAACGACCCAUUUCAAGUAUGACAGGGCUUCCACGUACAUCUUGAGAUCGUUUUCUGAAACUGUAAGCCCCGCAUUGAUGCAUCCGGAUAUCAAUUGGAUAUCUGAAAUGCAUUAACACUUCCUGAAUCAAAAAUUUGCAUUUUUGUUUCUGGCGCGUAU